AUGAGACGCCUUUGCGUGCUCAGCGCCGGCAUCAUGUGCGCGUGCGCCGACCAAGCUGCCGUCGACGCGCAUGGCAGAGCGGAGCCCAAUGAUGCCGCCGCCGCUGCCGACGCGAACGCGCGCGUCUUCACAUCGGAGGAGCUAAUCGAGGCUGCCGCGUCCAACGAGACGCUCUAUGCAGUCGUGGUGGGUCGUGUCUUCAACGUGACGUCCGGCGCUCAGUUCUACGGGUCUGGGGGCGGGUACCGCGGGUUUGCGGACGGAAGGGAUGCCUCGCGCGCCUUCCUCGACACCGACUUUGACGCGGAGGGGCUCGACGACCUCGGGAAUCUCACCCUCUCGCAGUGCCUCGAAGUCAACCACUGGGUCAACUUUUACGCGACGCACGAGACCUACUCGCUCGCCGGCGUGCACGCGGGCCGCUUCUACGACGACGGCGGCGCGCCGACCGACGCGCAGCGCGACUUUGAGGCCUGCGUGCACGAGGCGGACGGCAGGAGCGCAGAGCUGCAGCAGCUGGCCAAGGAGGUGCCAAAAUGUGCAUGGCAGAUGGGCCCGCCGCGAAGCGUCUCGUGCGUGCCGCCCCGAGUGCCGCUUCGGAUCGAGCUGCCCGACGAGGCGGCGCAGUGCUGCUGCAUCCACCCCGACAGCCUCGCACCGAGGCUGAGCGGGCGCGAGGCUGGCAACUUGCGCCCGCGGCCCUACUCGUCCUUCGGUUGCACCGAGACCGAGUCGGUCUGCGAGAUGGUGCGCAAGAAGCCCAACCGACCGUCCAGCGCGAGCGACUAG